AUGUCGUCUUCUGCCAUUCACAUCGGCGUUCCGCCGAGCCUCCAGCGGUUCACCUGCUUCUCCAGUUUUCCUUUCGAUAUCCGGCACCAAAUAUGGGAGGAAAUUAUCUACACACCCGGGAUUCAUUUCCUUAAGUUCGAACAUAACGACGACACUAUAAUGGACGACUCAGACUCCGCAACCGACGAUGGUGAUAGUAUUAUGGAUCGUCUACCAGUAUCCGAGGCCGAGCCUGGACGAGAUGCCAAGCGGGCCAAGUUCAGCAGCACCCUUAAACCCGUUUUCCCCUUUCCGGCUGCCGACAAGUCCUAUUAUCUCACCAUGAACAAAACUUUCACACAACUAUCCCUGGCUUGCAACGAGGCCAAGGAUCUGGUCGACAACCUGAUCUCACGUUCGGGAAACUUAACGCUGGAUAAUGGCCGCUUGGUACUCUUGGAGAGGUCCUCUGAUAUUGUCUGUUUUGACUAUCCAGGUGCUUCGUGGUCUCGGUCGUUGGGUUACUGGGCGGACCAUCUGGAUCUUGAUCAGCUUGCCAAGAUUCGCCGCGUGGCCGUUCGUUAUAGCAGUAAAUGGGAUGAAGAGUGUCGUGUCUGUCGUACUUGUGGUAUUAUCCACAACUUUCAUCGAAACCAUGAUAACACCCGCCCACGACAUGCCUACGAGUUUGCAGCUCUGUUCAAAAAUCUCGAGACAUUCUACUUCAUGGAUUGUCUAGCUGUCCGCAAGCAACGUGAUAAAUCCAUGCCUACCUCGUGUGUCUAUGCAAAGCAAGCAUUUGGAAAUAAGGGAGAGCACUUUGCCAGCGGCGAAGGUGGACGUACAUAUUACGAGGUUGACCCCCAGUGUUGCAAGAUCAAUACUCACGUAUUCCGCACUCUCGAUUGGGUGCGAGACAACUAUGUCACACACUGCCAGAAACGCCACAGAGGCCGGGCAGACCCGGAGAAGGUCAAGUUCAAAGUUUUGACAUGCGAGUGGGAUGCUGAAGAGUUGGUCCCUCCUAAGCGACAAGAAACUAAGUCGACCCGUGUCAGUAACAAGGGACACAGAACUCGGAUUACCAGUGUCACCGAAGACCUGAAGAAGCUGAAGCUCAAUGAUACCCAAAACCGGGACACUAGAAUGUACGAGGGACUCCCUGUGGUAUUUGGCGAUGGCGGCAAAUCCAAAUUCGAGUUCACUAUCGAGGUCCCUCAUUCAUUGAGCACUUAG